ACCCUCAGUUAAAUUUGAUCAGGCCAUUACGAUAAACAACCAUAUGAAUGUAAUCAUAUAAUUUGGGAGGGUAGAGAACAGAAAAGUAAUUAAUAUUAUAAUAUCCCCAUAAAAAAUCCCCGAAUUACAACACAUUAUAAGAGUCUCGUGUGGUUUAUUAAAUGAAAACCACAACUUUUUUAUUAGAUGAUGAUUUUUACUUUGACAGCAAACACACCACCAGGCAGUUACACGAGAGGAUUUAAUAAAUAAUAGAUUGACUGGACUAUGUGGCCACUAAACUAUAAUCCACCUGACCACGCGAUGGCGCUGUUUACCUUCAAAUUGAAAUGGACCUUGAGAGACUGUGACGGAACUGGUGUCACAAAACAAAAAUUCCCAUUUGUCACACCGCUAUUUAUAUAUAUUAUUUCUGCAUGGUGGUGAGUUAUAUUUGAGAAUCUUCCUUCUUUUUCAUGCGAGUAAUGUGGUUGAAGUAUAAUAAAUAAAUCACCCAGAAAAGUUAAAAGUAAUGUUGCAGAUACUGUAUCUGUUGCAGCAGUUUCUGUGUCUGAGUGCCUGUCAGCAGACCGUUACUAAAAAACCACCCAUCCUCAACAGCAUCCCUUAUUGUUCCCAGAGAGUCCAGGGUGUUGCCCUUUAAUCUGCCCCAAUAUCCAAACUAAUCAUGAGACAAAUGUUUAUCCGAAUCUUUUAUCUGGAUCACACAGUAUUCAAUCCCCGCGCAAUCUCCAAUUACGCACAAAUAACGCCAUGUACGCACAGCUGUAACGCCCCUCCUCAGAAGAUCCAAAAAUGACAUCACAUUUUGCAAUUCCCACGUUCAGCCCAACAACCCAGUGCGCCUCCACGGAGUUUCUCUACUCUUUGCAAUUGUCCAGAUGCAGGCACAGAGAAUAAAACGCCUAGAAACAACUCUUAGGUCAAUGUAGGAAUAAAGAUCACGGAUUACAAUUUUCUGCGUGGAAGUUGGGCUUCAGUGUUUUAUCAUGAAAGAACAACCUCUGAAGUUUUUCUGCCUCUUACCAGAGCACUAAAUUGACCUUUUUCUUACUGGAGCUUUUGUUAUAAUUUUUAUACAUUUUAAAUUUUGGACACGUGGACUGAUUAGAAUUCUUUCCGAAUCUCGGAAUAAUGUGUGACUUCUCCUGGAUUCAUCUUUAUUUGGGGAUUUAACAAUAUUGUUUUAGAACAGAAGAAAUGGUACUUUUUUCAACAGCUAUGGAGCUUUCUUUGCAAAUUCACAUUUUCACAGCUUUUGUCUCCUGUAUGAAGGUUUAUGCUGAAGCGGUACAAUCUGUGCAGCAUCCAGGCCUGCAGGUGUUGGCCACGGCCUCACAUUAUUGGCCUCUCGAUGCUGUGGAAGGAAUCCAUGAACUGUGGAACCCGAUUGGAAACAGACCAGGUUAUGUUAACGGAAGUAACAUAACUCUCAGAAUCCACAACCACACUGUGCUCCCUUCCUCCCAUAACUCUUCCUAUGUGUAUACCAAUGACUCUGCCUACACUAACAUUUCUGCAACAGUAGAUAUUGUUGAAGGAAUGGUCAACAAAGGCAUCUUCCUGAAUGGAGACAACGGCGGUACCUUCCUCCACUUUGGAAACUACCAGAACUCUUGCAUUAGUGACCCUACUUUGUGCGGUCCUGAGGGGAUUACUUUCUCCUUUUUUUGGAAAAAUCACGAGGCAGAGUCGCGUUUUGCUGUAGCCUCUGGAGGGAAAGUUAUCUCUAAUGGCUUCUCUGUCUACACCAAUCCCUUUGGAGGUUAUGUGGAGUUUUACACUCGAGGCAACAACCACAGAUGGAAGGCCAAUAUCAAAGUUCCAGGGCCUUACUGGACCCACAUUCUGUUCACAUGGAAAAAAAUGGACGGCCUGAAGGUCUACAUCAAUGGGACCCUCACUGCUGGUGAUCAAGACGGCAAUGUCUCAGAGAACUAUGGCGACCCCCACGCUGACCUUGUCAUUGGAACUGGCAACGACAGGGUUUAUGAUCAUUAUGUAACAGGGGCAUUUGAUGAGUUUGUCAUCUGGGAAAGGGCCCUUUCUCCUCACGAGAUCAUGCUCUACUACAACGCAGCCAUAGGUCAAGCCAUGGUGUCUGCAACAACACCCAGCGUCUCCAAAGAACUCACUCUAACAACACCAACAGUCAGAGCCAUUGAAGUGAGUUCUCCUGUCGUCAACAGCCAGCAUGAGGAGGUCCAAAGCUCCCAGGACCCGGAGUCCAUGCCAAUGUUGGGCUUCCUGAAGGCGCUGCCCAAUAGGACCAUUCCUCACAACACUGCCAACAACCUCACGCAGGCUUUUCUCAAAAGUGUGGAAGAAGUGCUGUCCUCUCCGGGGUUGCCAGAGCAGUCCACCCCUGUGGUCAGCGGUCUGAUCGAGACCGUGGACAGAGUGAUGGAACACAUGGUGACUAACCUGGAGCCCAGCCCGAACUCCCUCAUCUCCCUGGGUGGAACAUCUUUUGUUGCAGAUUACUAUCUGAUGAAACUUCCACAGAACUACAACCUGCCGCAUUACCGCUUCCCCAUGGAGGGCAAGAACUACAUCUCUGUGCCCGGCGAGGCUUUCACCAUGCAAUCUCAAACCACCAUCGUUGGCCUCUUCUACCACAACAUGCACAGCUACUACAAUGAGAUCAGCCCCAUCAAGACCAGGAUUAACGAAGCAGUUGAUUUCAAGGAUCAUAAGAUUCAAGUAGCAAGUUGCCUAAUUUCUCUGAAAGUGGAGCCUUCACCGGCCCUGUCAAUCAACCUCUCUGGAGCGCCACUCAUCAAGAUUGUUCUCACCCAUGUCCUGACUAAAGAACAACAGGAUCAAGUAUUAAAUCAGAGCAAUAAAGUCUUCCUCUACUGUGCCUUCUUGGACUACAGUUCAAAAGAGGGAGUAUGGUCCAACGAAGGUUGUGUACGCUCAGAUGGAAACAUGACAUACUCUGUGUGUCUGUGCAACCACCUCACCAACUUUGCCAUCCUUAUGCAAGUGGUGCCGUUAAAGCUCACCACCGGCCACCAGGUGGCACUGUCAACCAUUGGUUAUGUUGGCUGCUCAAUUUCCAUCUUUUGUCUUGCCAUCACUCUGGUCACCUUUGCAGUCCUGUCGUCAGUGAGUACCAUCCGUAACCAACGCUACCACAUCCACGCCAACCUGUCCUUCGCCAUCCUGGUGGCUGAGAUCUUACUGCUCAUCAGCGCUCGCUUCAGCCCGGGCACGCUGCCUUGUAAGGUAAUGGCUGUCCUGCUUCACUUCUUCUUUCUGAGCGCCUUCGCCUGGAUGCUGGUGGAGGGCCUCCACCUCUACAGCAUGGUGGUCAAGGUGUUCGGCUCUGAGGGCAGCAAACACUUCUACUACUAUGGCAUUGGUUGGGGCUCUCCAUUGGUGAUCUGUGUGGUGUCCAUGACAUCAGCUCUGGACAGUUACGGUGAAGUUGACAACUGCUGGCUGUCACUGAAGAAUGGAGCCAUCUGGGCAUUUGUGGCACCAGCCCUGUUUGUCAUUGUGGUGAACAUCGGCAUUCUGAUAUCUGUGACCAGAAUUAUAUCUCGUAUCAGCGGAGAGAAUUACAAGGUUCAUGGAGAUGCUAAUGCAGUCAAGCUGACAGCAAAGGCAGUGGCUGUACUCCUGCCUAUACUCGGCAUUUCCUGGAUCUUCGGCGUACUAGCUGUUAACACGCACUCCCUGCCGUUCCUAUAUAUCUUCGCAGUAUUCAACUCGUUACAAGGGUUCUUUGUCUUCUUGUUUCACUGUCUUCUCAACUCUGAGGUCAGAGCUGCUUUCAAACACAAAACCAAGGUGUGGUCUCUUACCAGCAGCUCCAUCCGAAACAUCAAUGUGAAGCCCUUCAACUCUGACAUUAUGAAUGGAAACAAGGAGGGCGUAACUCCCACUAAGAUGAACACAUGGGACAAAAGCACCAACUCAGCCAAUCGUAUCGACCUCUCCGCCGUGUAAAACCACACAUCACCGUUUCUGUCUGUGGCAGGAGAGCAAUCUGAAGCUCACCAGUGUAGAACGACAAAACACUGAAUGCCAGAGUAUUUUUUUCCACUAUUUUAUGUGUUGAAUUGGACACUCAUCCAAGCCUCAAGUGAAAGUGAUGCCAAAGGAGGUGUUGUGUAGCUAAAUAAUAGCUUCACCUUUAAAGACAAGCAGACUCUAAGAACUGUGCCUUAAUAAUGUCUCAUUAAAAAACAUAUUGUGUUCCCAAAAACAGGAGCAGGGAUUUCUGAGGAGGUCAGUGAGGUGACACAAGAGUGUAAGAGCGUAGUUCAGGGUCUGACCAUGACGCUCUGUGUAGCAGAGUAGUCUGUUGCAUGGUCUGUAUGUCCAUUGCAGUUGACUUAAUGGGCGGCCAGAGUUUAUUUAAAUCACAGUGAUAUGCUUUGACAUGUUAUUUUUCCUCACAAAAUUAAAUUGUGCAAAUCCAUCUGCUUUAACUUACUUGUAGAAAAUGUAACUAAAAUUUGAGAUGAUUAGUAUUUUCAUAGGGAAUGUUUCAGUAUAAAUACAUGACCUUGGAUACAGAGAGACCAAGGAAAGCGCUUAUAUUUUGCUGUAGAUGUAGAUUCAUGCCUUCAAAACAAUAACAUCAUGGUUUCACCAGCUGUUAACAGCAUUUGAUUCAUCAUCACCUGGGAUAAACAGCUUAUUUUACCUGUUCUCACUGCAGGAUAAACACCUCUCAAUUCAUUCACACAGCUUUAACGCAAUAACUGCAUAAUAACAAUGGAUGAUGUAGCAGUGAAUUAGACCCUAUGUAAUUCUGUUAUAAUGUAUUUAUUUAUUUUGUGAUUCUGAGUUCUGUUUCACGUCUUCUGCAAAGUGUCACAGCUCAACAAUCAGUAUGUUCUCAUGUUAAAUUCUGUGUCCGUUUGUGUGUUUUCUCUCUCGAAAUGAACUGACUGGUAUUUUGCAGUACCUCACAUCUUCGUAAGAUGCAGUAUGUUAUGCUUGUUGAAGAAUAGUGAAUACUGGUUGUGUUGUGGACACAUUUCUGUGAAGUUUUAUGAUGUCUUUAGCUAUUUCUAGAGCUAAAUUUCUUUUAAAUUUUCAUACUUUUUUGUACAUUAAAAUAAAUAUGUUCCACAACAGAGGGACAUGAUAAGGUGGUUGCUUUUUUUCUUAACAUACUGUGAGAAUGGAGGGAGAUGACAUAUUUUAAAAUGUCAUUUAUCUUACACUGUACCAACAUUAAGUUUCCUAAAACAGGAUUUACUGUAAGUCACUCUGCACCCACUUUUCAUGUCAGAUUUAAAGUUAAAUAUUUCAGUAUUUCAAAACAUGUAUAAGGCCUUUAUUGAUUGUUGUCUUAUGGUACUAUGGUUUGUGCUUCCAAUUAUCUUUAUUAAAAAACUUU